CUGUGACGAGAGAGACAGAACAGCACAGAACAGGACCGAGACCCAACCCAGAGGAACUAAAACUUAGUAACCUAACUAGCUCCACAGAAGAGACUGAACAUCUCAGGAUGACAGCAGCCCGUGGUCCUCAGUCCUCCUAUAAGAAGUAUUUUGGCGGGGAAAGGAACAUGAGCCACUCCUCCUACCCCUCCAGCCGCCAGCUGUACUCCAACCCGGUGGCGGUGCGCUCCUCUCGGGUCUCUUUCGGCCUGUCCUCCGCCGCCCCGGGGGUCUACGCAACCAGGACCCAGCGSCUCCGCAGCAGCGCCCCGAUGCCCCGGCUGUCCUCCGAGACCCUGAACUUCUCUCUGUCCGACGCCGUGAACUCCGAGUUCAAGACUAACCGGACCAACGAGAAGGCGCAGAUGCAGUCGCUCAACGACCGCUUCGCGAGCUAUAUCGAGAAGGUCKGGUUUCUGGAGCAGCAGAAUAAGAUCCUGCAGGCAGAGCUCGAGCAGCUACGAGGGAAGGGCACGUCCCGAUCCCGCAUCGGGGACCUGUACGAGGACGAGAUGCGCGAGCUGCGGCGACAGGUGGACCAGCUGACGAACGAGAAGGCGCGAGUGGAGGUGCACCGGGACAACAUGUCUGAUGAUAUAGACCGACUCAGAGAGAAACUGCAGGAGGAGAUGAUGCAGCGUGAGGAAUCGGAGAGUACCAUGCAGAGCUUCAGAGGGGAUGUGGACAACGCAGCUCUGUCUCGUCUGGACCUGGAGAGGAAGGUGGAGUCGCUUCAGGAGGAGAUCAACUUCCUGAAGAAACUACACGAUGAGGAGCUGUUGGAGCUGCAGUCUCAGGUGCUGACCCCUCUCUGACCUCUGACCCCUG